GCUCGCCGGCCGCGGCAUGGCGCAGUCGCGCAGAUGGGCGAAGGCGGCGGCCGACCGACCGAGAGAGCGAACCCUCCUCGCUUGUCUGGAAGCUUCCCUCAAGUCCCUCUCAUCCGGCUCCAUUAAAACCCGCUCCAAAACCCUAGCCGCCACCCCCUUACCCAGCAGCACAAGGCCACCCCGCCCGCGCCGCACCCUCUCCGAUCCACAGCCCAGAUGGCCAUGCGCCGCGCCGCCGCGCUCGCCCUCCGCAGCCUCAACGCCACCGCGGCGGCGGCCUCCCCGAGCUCGGCGCUCCUCCUAGCCCCUCUCCGGCCGGCGGCGGCAGCCACCAGCUCCAGAUUUCUCCUGCAGCCCACUGCCGCUACGGCCGGGGCGGCGGCUCUGUGCGCCCGGCGCGGUUACGCGGCACGCGGCAUCGCGGGCCGGAAGGCGGCCAGGGCGGCGAGCGAGAGCGAGGAAGAUGAGGAUGAGGAGUUCGAGGCCGUGGGCAGCGACGGGGAGUUCGACGACGACUUUGACGACGAGGAUAUUGACGAAUUCGACGGCGAGGAUGAGGACGAGGACGACUACGACGCCGCGCCCAAGCGCGGGAGGCUCUAGGCCGCGAAGCUCGGCUCGGUGCUCUGCUUGUUGUGCUUGUUUGGUUUCCUUGCUGAGAUAGAGAAGGAAAAAACACAAGAAAACAAUAAAUUCAGAAGUCAUUGCUUCAAACAAAAAAUUUUAGAAGGUAAACGGAUCGAUCAGUCGGCGUUGAUCCGCCUGUUGUAAUCUCAUUGCUUGAUUGGGUUAAACAGACUUGGUCACUUUGUCACAUUGGAUCGUGAAGUUGUAUGACGUCGAAGAACAGGAACUCAAAUCUUUGGGAGUGCUGUACUUGUUUACUUCGUGAUUGUUGCUCUUAUUAAAAAAAAGGGAAAAACCUUGUGGUAA